AUGCAAUCGGCCUUUCAACCGCAGAACAAUCAAACUGAACUACAACAUGAGAAAGUCGAAUUCGUGGCCGUCGUCCCUCCAACCCAGCAUCAACGACAUCAACUCUCGCGUUCCUGGCGCCAUUACGUAUUCUCGCCCAUCGCUGUCAACACCCUCGCCGAACUGGAACUUUUACUGCUGACAUUCAAUAUUGGAAUACAAGAUGCAGCAACCUUUUCCGACUACCGAUGCUUUGCCUCCAACCAGACGGGAAACACGGUCAUGCUUGCUCUCGCAGUGACAGCACAAGGCGAUAAUACCGCAGAUCUGUUUAUCUUAGCGAAUAUUGGUAUCAGUCUUCCAAUGUUUCUGGCAGGCGCCUUUAUCACGGGCCAGCUCGGCAAUCAUGUUCUGGGUCCCCGUAUGCGUGUCUGGCUGGUGGGGAUCAAUUUCCUGCAGACGGUGAUGGUCUUUUGCGCUGCAAUCAUCCAGUUCAAGCUUGGACGUCAGUCGCAGGGCCCAGCUGCGUUAGGCAUCAUUUCUUUGCUCGCUUUCUCGAGUGGAUCACAGGUGGUCUUGUCCCGCGUGUUCCAGGUACCGGAGAUUACUACUGCCAUGGCCACAGCGGCUUGGGUUGAUCUCAUGAUCGAUCCAAAGAUUUGGAAGAUAAGGAACAGGCCACGCAACCGGCGCAGCUUCUUUCUCCUGUCUCUUUUCGCUGGUUCGUUGGUUGGGGCAGCUCUCUAUUAUAAAGCUGGAUCGCCAACAGCGCUCGUCCUGUCUGCCUCUGUCAAGGCCAUUGUCACUGCUAUGUUAUUUUUUAAUCCGUCGGAACCGAUCUCGGAUUCCGAUGAUUUCAGUCCUAGCGUCAUGUCUCCUGGUGGAAGUCACUAUCAAUAG